AUGACCAGAAGCGUAGUGGUUUUGGGUUUGUGCAUCCUGGCACUCUUGGCCGUCAGCCAGAGCACCAACUUUGAAAUAUUUUGCGAUGAAAAAACCAUGGACAUCUUUUGCAAUGCCGAAGAGGAUCAGGGUGAUAUUUCAUUUCGCGAAUUCGUGGACGUUAGUGGCUUGACCUUCGAUGUUGCCGACGAUCUGGAAACUCUUUUCUACAACGGCAACAUUAAAAUGUUGAUGGAUGUGCCCCAGGGAGCCAUCACCAUGGAGAUUGAUGUGUUCCGUUGGGAAAGGAGUCAGUGGCUUCCCACACCGCUCUCCAUGAAGCGGGAUAACUUUUGUCAGGCUCUUGUCAAUCCUCACGAGCUCUGGCAUCCGAUUGUGAAGAGCAUUCCCAAGAAACAGCUUAAAUGUCCGCCCACCAAGGGGCACAUCUAUACCCUGACCAAUGUGAGCAACCAUUUGUUUGUAAAAAACAUGCCCUAUGUGGACAUUACCGGUGACCUCAAGGCGGUGGUUCACCUGGGCGUUGGUGGCCACAAGACCUGCGCUGUGGUGUUCUUCAAGGUCUAUGCCAAUUGACCCUGACAAUGGGUUGGGCCUGGUGCGCUGGAGGUGCUCUCGCUGUAAGGAAUCUCACCGAGAUCCGGCUGUUUGCCUAGUUUAUAGUAAGUAUUAUCUGGCUGCUCUGCUUUUUAUGGCCUGAUUUGGUGGUGUUUGCUUGGCUUCAAUGGCGCGUCCCCCGUUUAUGGCACCUAACUAAAUGAUUUGCAAAUAAAACCGAAAUAUUUCAUA